CCACGAAACAACAAGGCAGUCAGAACAGCAUGAGGGCCAAUCAGCUGGCCCGGGUGUGUCGAACGAGAAGCGUAUAGCCUCGGCAACUUACUUGGCAACAGGCAAAAGAGUCGACGUCAGCAGAUGACUAUUAUGGUCUGGCUGUGGGCUUAAUCCAGAUAGGGCGAGAGGCGAGUAAACAUGGAGCUUUCAGCUGUAGGGGAGCGAGUAUUUGCAGCCGAGUCCCUUCUCAAACGCAGGAUUAGAAAAGGGCGCAUGGAGUACCUUGUCAAGUGGAAAGGCUGGUCUCAGAAGUACAGCACUUGGGAACCAGAAGACAACAUAUUAGACGCCCGAUUGGUUGCUGCCUUUGAAGAAAGAGAGAGAGAAAGGGAGCUGUAUGGGCCUAAAAAGCGGGGUCCCAAACCUAAAACAUUUCUGCUGAAGGCUCAGGCCAAGGCAAAUGCAAAAACUUAUGAGUUUCGCAGCGAUGCCACAAGGGGAGUAAGGAUUCCGUAUCCUGGUAGGUUGCCACAGGAUUCCAGGUCUUUCCGAAACAGAGAGGGCUUGAGGACCAUCGUUGUGUCUCCCCAUCAGAGCAGCACCACAUCUGUUAGAAACGAGAGUGGCCGAGAAAGGGUAGAACGACCUGAAGAGAAACGAGCGCCAGCAGUACCCAGACCAAGGAUAAUUGGUAUUCUUAAAAAAAGGGGCCCAAAACCAAUGAAGGAACUAUACAGGGAAAGCAAAGACAUACUUCUGCCCCCUAAAAAGAAUAAACAAGACAGACUAGGGCACAGUGUUGUUGCGGGAUACCCUCCACUGAAGCAUGGAAAACCUGAUGACUUGGGUGCAUGUCCAGGAGAAAAAAACAUAUUGGGAUCUGGGGUCAUACAUUUAGGCCGUCGGCUAGAAGCUGGAACAGGUAGUGCAAUGACCACCCAGGUUGGACAGCAACAGACAUCUGGUGGUAAGCCUGGAAUAGACUCUGACAUUGACUUCCAGGGGAGAAAAGGUGCAACAACAUUAUCCUCUUGGUCUAAGAAUGAGGAAGACUAUUCCCAAACCAAGGAUCAAGACAGGUUAGAGACUGCAGGUCACCAACACUCUAAAGUUAAGCCUAGCCCUGGCCAUAUGAGACAUACUCAGGGUACGUUGUAUGGGGGCAGUGUAUACUCUAUCCAGGACAAAAGUCAGUCAGUUAAGAAACUGUCUGAUGCAAGAAUCGUGGGAGGAAUGGAAGAAGAAUCUUCUUGGACUCCACCAAUCAGUAACCUUGAAAAGGUAGUGGUAACAGACAUAACAACAAACUUCUUGACUGUGACCAUUAAAGAGUGCACUACAGAUCAAGGAUUUUUUAGAGAAAAAAGAUGAGACACAUUGGUGACAGAAAGUGUGUUUUUGGACAGUCAUGCCAUCUGUCCCUAAAUAUAAUUUCUUUAAUCUUCUGUAAAAUACUGAGUUAAAAGGUAUAUUUUAUAGGUGUAUAGGUGUACAGAGACAUUAUUUAAAAGAAUAUAUAUAUAUAUAUUAUAUAAAUCUCUAUAUUA